GCGGCCGCUCCCGUCUCCAUGGGGACGAAAGCAGCCAACCAGCGCGGCGACUUCAGCUCCGCCCUGAGGACCACUCUGACUCAGGCAGCGCCCAGGUGGGCUCCAGGGGGCCUGCAGACGGUGGACGGCGAUGCUGAAGGCCAAGAUCCUCUUCGUGGGGCCCUGCGAGAGCGGGAAAACCGUAUUGGCCAACUUUCUGACAGAAUCUUCUGACAUUACCGAAUACCACCCAACCCAAGGAGUGAGGAUCCUGGAAUUUGAGAACCCGCACGUUACCAGCAACAACAAAGGCACCGGCUGUGAAUUUGAGCUCUGGGAUUGUGGCGGCGACCCAAAGUUCGAGUCUUGCUGGCCAGCUCUGAUGAAGGACUCUCACGGGGUGGUGAUCGUCUUCAACGCUGACAUCCCAAGCCACCUGACGGAAAUUGAGAUGUGGUAUUCCUGCUUUGUCCAGCAGCAGUUUUUACAGGAUACUCAGUGUCUGUUAAUUGCACACCAUAAGCCAGGCUCCGGAAGUGAUAAAGGAAACCCCACUUUGUCGCCACCCUUGAACAAGCUAAAGCUGGUGCACUCGAACCUUGAGGAUGACCCCGAAGAGAUGAGGAUGGAAUUCAUAAAGUAUUUAAGAAGCAUAAUCAACUCAGUGUCUGAGAGCAGAGACCGGGAGGAGAUGUCAAUUAUCACCUAACCGCUCCUCGUCCCACAGGAAGUCAGUUCCCCGCAGAUCUAAAAUCCAUCCCGACACUCAGCUUCUCCCCUCCCUCCCUGUGGCUUCAGAAGACAUUUUCCCGAUUUGCCCAAAGGUACCAGUUGACUCUACCAUCUAUUCUCUGUCCUUAGUUGAGCUGAGAAAAUCCCGUUCUUGAAUUCUGAUUCCUUUGCCCCAGAUGUCUCCAAAGAGCUGGAAAACUGAGGAUUUCUAAUUUUUUUUUUUCACUUCAUAUAUGUCACAUUAUAAAAGUUGUAGAAUUGUUAACUGUCAUAGCCCAGUGAUACAGCACUGGUUUAAAUCCUUAAAAUUCGCCUAGGAUAUUUUCAGAAAACAUUAGCAUUUAACCUCUCUAAGAUUUUAGUUUUAUUUAGAUGUCCUUGACAUCUGGAUACCAUAGCAUAUUAGAAGGUGAAAGGCAUAUGUGGGGUUUUUUUAGGGUUUUUUUUUGUUAUUUCAGAAUUUGAUUCUUAAAUAUUACUUCAUGUAAUACAGGAAAAAACAAUGUUAUGUUGUCAUGACACCUAAUUUGUAAAAAUGGUCAAAAGAUUUGCUGCUUCAGUAACCCAAAAGGGUGAGUUUAUAGCUUUUUGUACAGGUGAGUUUGUUUUAGUAAUCUGAGGAUUUGUUUUUCUUUCAUAAUUUUUAUUUUUUUGAUUUUCUAAUAUAGCCAACCUGAACAUACAUGAAGUAGAUUGAAAGCUCGAUGUAGGUCUUUUCCACUGAGAGUGGAAGAAAAGAGGAAUAAAUAUGUUUGGCUGUG